CAUGUUGGAGCUACAGCGGACUCGGGCUGGUAUUUUCUGACGCCGUAUGUUUUUCUUAAAAUAUCUGUUCUCACACAUUGUUGGGGCUCGUCAAUCGUGCGCGAUCGGCGCCGUAAUCGGCAGUGGAAAUGAUGAACUCCAGUGUCGACCUGUCCCGGCGGAAUCCGCAGGAGGAUUUCGAGCUGAUCCAGCGGAUAGGAAGCGGCACAUACGGAGAUGUGUACAAGGCUCGUAACGUAAACACAGGAGAGCUGGCGGCUAUCAAAGUCAUCAAACUGGAACCCGGUGAGGACUUUGCUGUCGUACAACAGGAGAUUAUAAUGAUGAAGGACUGUAAACACUCCAACAUCGUAGCCUAUUUUGGCAGUUAUCUCCGGAGAGAUAAGUUAUGGAUCAGUAUGGAGUACUGUGGAGGAGGUUCUCUGCAGGAUAUUUAUCACGUAACCGGGCCUCUAUCAGAGUCACAGAUAGCCUACAUGUCACGGGAGACCCUGCAGGGUUUAUACUAUCUACACAAUAAAGGCAAAAUGCACAGAGACAUUAAGGGAGCCAACAUCCUCCUGACAGACAACGGCUAUGUUAAACUAGCUGACUUUGGUGUAUCGGCCCAGAUCACAGCAACUCUAGCCAAGAGAAAGUCAUUUAUUGGAACUCCAUACUGGAUGGCUCCAGAGGUAGCAGCAGUAGAGAGGAAAGGAGGUUACAACCAGCUGUGUGAUAUCUGGGCUGUGGGCAUUACUGCAAUAGAGCUGGCAGAAUUACAGCCACCCAUGUUUGAUCUGCACCCCAUGAGGGCUCUCUUCUUAAUGACCAAGAGUAAUUUCCAGCCUCCUAAGUUGAAAGAUAAAGUCAAGUGGACAAAUAACUUCCACCAUUUUGUCAAACUAGCCCUGACCAAGAACCCAAAGAAGAGGCCCACAGCUGAGAAGUUGUUGCAGCACCCUUUUGUGUCCCAGCCUCUCAGCAGGACGCUGGCAAUAGAGCUGCUGGACAAAGCCAACAACCCCGACCACAGCACCUACAAUGACUUCGAUGAUGAUGACCCUGAACCAGAGUCUCCGGUCUCUGUUCCUCAUCGUAUUCGUUCCACCAGCAGGAGCACAAGGGAGGGAAAGACGCUGUCAGAGAUUAACUUUGGUCAGGUGAAGUUUGAUCCUCCAUUGAGAAAGGAGACUGAACCUCAUCAUGAACCAUGUGAUUCUGAGCCCUAUCUGGACUGUGUUGAGGAGCACUACUAUACCGCGAGAUCUAAUCUGGACUUGCAGUUGGAGUACGGGCAUGAUUCAAGUCUACUGGGAGGAAAUAAGAGUCUUCUCAAAUCUGUGGAGGAGGAGCUAAAGCAGAGGGGCCAUAUGGCACACUUAGGGGAUGAUGAGGAUGAUGAUGAUGAUGGUGCAGAUGAUGAUGAAACUCACACUCAUAAAUCAAGCACUAUCAUGAGGCCAAAGGUCCCGCCACCGCUUCCUCCCAAGCCCAAGUCGAUCUGCUCAUCCCAACAGCAGCAGCAGCAGCAACUAAAACACGACGAUAGCCAAUCACACAGCGAGGACGACGGCGGAGGAGGAGGAGGGACCAUCAAACGCUGUCCAGUCCCAGAGACGCCGAGCCCCGCCAAGCCCGCCUCCAACGUUCCCCCGCGGCCCCCACCUCCGAAGCUGCCGCCCCACCGCCGCAGUAGUCUAGGUAACGAGAGCCCCAAGCGCACGGACGUCGAAAACUCUGCCCCAGAGGAUGAUGGGAGCUUUAGGCAUUUCUGGGAGUGGCUCCACACGCCUCACACAGACGAGGAGCUGGAGGAGGCGUGGGAGGUGCUGAAGGAGGUGAAAGAGGAGCAGGAAAAAGAGGAGGAGAAGGAAGAGAGUAAUGGGCUGAACUCUCCACACAGUGGCGAGAGGGAAGGUCCAUCAGACAGACAGUCCACGAUGCCCCCUAGUGUCCCUAUACGGAAAGACAGGAAGGACGUUCCGAAGCCAAUCAGUAAUGGCCUUCCCCCUACACCCAAAGUCCAUAUGGGGGCAUGUUUCUCCAAGGUGUUCAACGGCUGUCCUUUGAAGAUCCACUGUGCCACUUCCUGGAUCAAUCCGGACACCAGAGACCAGUAUUUGAUAUUCGGAGCUGAAGAGGGAAUCUACACAUUAAACCUUAAUGAGCUGCAUGAGACCUCGAUGGAACAGUCUAUUUUAUGUCUCAAAUCCUCCGGCUUCUCAUUCUCCAGUAAAUCAAGCACUAUCAUGAGGCCAAAGGUCCCGCCACCGCUUCCUCCCAAGCCCAAGUCGAUCUGCUCAUCCCAACAGCAGCAGCAGCAGCAACUAAAACACGACGAUAGCCAAUCACACAGCGAGGACGACGGCGGAGGAGGAGGAGGGACCAUCAAACGCUGUCCAGUCCCAGAGACGCCGAGCCCCGCCAAGCCCGCCUCCAACGUUCCCCCGCGGCCCCCACCUCCGAAGCUGCCGCCCCACCGCCGCAGUAGUCUAGGUAAUGGGCUGAACUCUCCACACAGUGGCGAGAGGGAAGGUCCAUCAGACAGACAGUCCACGAUGCCCCCUAGUGUCCCUAUACGGAAAGACAGGAAGGACGUUCCGAAGCCAAUCAGUAAUGGCCUUCCCCCUACACCCAAAGUCCAUAUGGGGGCAUGUUUCUCCAAGGUGUUCAACGGCUGUCCUUUGAAGAUCCACUGUGCCACUUCCUGGAUCAAUCCGGACACCAGAGACCAGUAUUUGAUAUUCGGAGCUGAAGAGGGAAUCUACACAUUAAACCUUAAUGAGCUGCAUGAGACCUCGAUGGAACAGCUCUUUCCUCGGCGGUGUACCUGGCUAUAUGUCAUGAACAAUUGUCUUCUUUCCAUAUCUGGAAAAGCCUCUCAGCUGUACUCCCAUAGUGUGAGCGGUCUGUUCGAACAGGCCCGACAGUUACAGAAGUUACCAGUAGCCAUUCCCACACACAAGCUGCCUGAUAAGAUGAUUCCCAGGAAGUUUGCGGUGUCCAAUAAAAUUCCAGACACUAAAGGGUGCCAAAAGUGCUGCGUAGUUCGUAACCCGUACACAGGCCAUAAGUACCUGUGUGGAGCCUUUCAGUCUAGUGUCAUGCUGUUGGAGUGGGUGGAGCCCAUGCAGAAGUUCAUGCUCAUCAAGAACAUCGACUUCCCGUUGCCGUGUCCGUUGGAGGUCUUUGAGAUGUUGGUGGUCCCGGAGCAGACCUACCCUCUGAUCUGUGUGGCGGUCAGUAAAGGUACUGAACUCAACCAGGUGGUCAGAUUCGGCACCGUCAACCCCAACUCUACCUCCUCCUGGUUCACAGAAGCAGACACACCACAGACUUGUGUGAUCCACGUCACUCAACUAGAGAGAGACACUAUACUUGUUUGCCUCGACAGGUGUAUAAAGAUAGUGAACCUCCAGGGGAGGUUGAAAUCCAGCAGGAAGUUGUCAGCGGAGCUCACUUUCAACUUCCAAAUUGAAUCCACAGUUUGUCUUCAAGACAGCGUACUGGCCUUCUGGAGGCAUGGUAUGCAGGGACGGAGUUUCAAGACCAAUGAGAUCACCCAGGAGAUCUCUGACAGCACACGCAUCUUCAGACUACUGGGAUCAGACAGGGUGGUGGUGCUGGAGAGCAGGCCCACAGACAACCCUACAGCCCACAGCAACCUCUACAUCCUGGCAGGCCAUGAAAACAGCUACUGAGACACACACACAAACACACGCGCACAUAAACACACUCUCUAAACAGCCUACCACUAAUGCAAACAUCAGAGCGAGCAACCGGGAGACACACUCAGCCAAACCCUAUCGCUAACCCACCCAACCUCCUGUCGGCCGCGAAACUGGGAGAUAAGCCGUUUGUGGGUGCAGAUGUGGAUUCCCAGUUGCAGACAUUCAAAAUGCACCGCAGUGUUACAUGUGUAUUAGCUAAGCGUGGUGUAGUAGGGCAGCAGGGUGUGGACCCAUUUCUGACGGGGCCAGGGUUAAAACCGCUGGUCUGGGGCCAGUAUGGGUUAAGUUAGCCGGGGAAUCUCCUCUCUGCACCUUAUGAGAGCGACUUCAAUGCAGAAUCCUUCCUGAUACCAUCCCACCUUCCCACUGCAUACUGGGAAAACCGCAUCCAGCACAGAAGUCUGACUUCAACACUACUUCUACUACUAGUUCUACACAUACAACUACUACUACUACUACUACUACUGCUACUUGCGCUAAAGCUUCACGGAAGAGCCAUCUUGCACAGAAAACCUUUCUCUCCUUCACCAUCCUUUCCUCUGUCUCCCUCUUCCUCUUUUUUUUUUUUUUUUUUUUUUUUUUUUUAAACUACACCUUUAUUUAUUGUGGCAUGAUGUAACUUUAACAACCAGGAUGGCUUUCCUGUUUUAUUAGUUGUUUUUUUAAAAAAGGAUUGAAAAAAAAGACUAAAUAGCUUCGCCACCUCUGCUAGCAUCGAAUUCCGAUACCCGUCACCACACCACACAAGUGCUUAAUUGACCUAUUUAAUUGUUGUAAAUAUAAAUGUAGUAUUUUUUUGACAGACGAACACUAAAAAAGACUGGUUAUGUAGAUAGGCGUGUGUAUAGUUGCCCUGUACAGCUGUGGAGACAAACGGAGAGAAAGACAGGCGUGGAGGAGUGACGGGGGCGGUAAAUUCACUUCCUAGUUCCCUGAUCAUGUGAGGAGGGUCGGGAAGCAAAGACCCCUGCCGUCUCCUCAGGUGGACAGCUUUAGUAAUCACAUAUUACUCGAAUAACAGUCUGGAGCUCAGGAUCGGACUGAGCAAACACGGGAAGCAGCACUGAUUGGUCAUUUUCCUUUUGCAUGUGUCACCAUCAAAUCUUCCUGCUCGUUUGCACCAUAGCAACAGUCAUCAGGGCAGCGGAGGUUAAAAGUUCUGUUCAUUUAAGUUUGUUUCUCAUGUUUUUUUUUUUAUUUUUUUAAUGCUGUUUUUAUCAGAAAGCUUUGUUUGUUUUUUUUUAAUGCCAUUUUUUAUUGAACCACUGGUGUUAAAAAUUUGCACAGAGAAAAAGGUAUUUGACAAACAAAUGUGAUGUCAUUAUAAUAUAUGAUGUGUGUAUGCACAGUGUGCGUGUGUGUGUGUGUGUGUGUGUGUGUGUGUGUGCGCGCGCACGUAGACAUAGAAUAUUCACAUACAAGUGCAUAAUUUACAGAUCUGGACUUUAACAAGUGACAGCUGUGUUUCUGCCAGAGGCCACACAGAUAUUAGAAAAACAAGAAAAAAAAAGGAUUUUCACAGAAGGAAAAAUGGUUUAUAUUUAUCCAGUAAACUUGGUAUAUAUUACCCGUUAGCCAUCUUUUCUGUCAUUAAAUUUAACUAAUGUGGAAUUCCACAUGGUUGGAGUAUAACCAUUGGCAGUUAAACCCUCCCAUAUGGUUCUCCAAAGAGGAUAAAACACUAAGAAUCAUUUUAAAAUACUGCUUGAUCUAUAAAGCUAGGACACGAUCACAUUUUGGCCAGGUAAAAUGUAUUUACAGUCAAAUGAAGAGCUAAAGGCCCAACUCCCGUUCAUAGCUGAGUUCUGUUCUACUAGCCUCCAAAACAAAAUGGAUUUGUGGGUAAAUGGGUGUGUACUACUAUGCUGGACACAUAAAAAAACAAUUAUGUUGUUAGCAUUUAACAUCUCUCAAGUCUUACACAGAAAAACGCGGUUACAGUGCCAUUCAAUGUUAACAUAAUUAUGUGUAUAUAAAGAACAAUUAAUGAAACACAUUGAACGAUUAUUUCUAGUAAAACAGAAGUUAGCUGGCCCAAAAGUGGGGUGGGAAAUAACAUUUCCAAAUAUUUUAUUAAUUUUAGUCAUAUUUGGAGAACUUCAGCCUUCAAUGAUGUGACUUUUCACUACAUGCAUGUAAAUGUGCACUGUCGAGUCUACAUGUGGCAGUACACUACCAGUCUUUACAAGCUAUGACACUCGAUGGCUGCUUCAGAGGACGUGAACACUUGUUCAGCUGAACUUAACUCAGAUACCAUCGCUAAAUGUCACAUUUUACAGAGCUGAAACAUUUGGGAUCAUUUUUCAAGCGCUUCCAAAUUUCUCGUUAAACAAAAAUGCUGUUUCUGUUGCCGUCUGGUGGCAAAUUUUCACCGCUCGACACCAAUCCCUAACCUAAAGUGACCCAAUACUGCACUACAAUGGAGCGUUACAAAUACAGAAGAUUUAAAUAUUUGAUAUAUCAUCAAUGUGUAAAAACAAAGCUGAAGUCCAAUUGACACAAUAGGAAAGGCUAGAUAUGAAGUAAAUGGAAUAGACGUGUCACCGAGUGUUACCAAGGUGGUUGUAAAGGGGGCAUGUAGCUGUGUUGGCAAUUUAAGAAAGUGAAUGUAACAGCUUUCUGUUCCUCCUUGACCUCUUAUUACCCCCUUUGUAUAGUGAAAUUUGAUUUCCUUCCACCGCGCAGAAAGUGAAUAUGUCAUAAUCUAAACCUUCGUUACUUCACCCAACAUGUGUCCCUCCUAAAUUUCAGUGACACCAAUGUCCAUUCACACUAUUUCACUGUGUUUUCAUGGGGUUUAUUUGUUGAUAAAUUGAUCCUCUCUCUGGAUUCCAGCUCCUGAUGCUUUACUGCCCAGUUGUGGGGAAGUAGCUAUAACAGGUAUAGUGUAGUUGGAGCGCUUGAAUCCACUGUGAGGAUAUAAAUUAUUUGUCUUCUUUUUAUCGCCUGUGCGCGGUUUUCUUUCUUCUAUAAAAUACCCACAUAGUGCUGCACUGGGAAAAACCAUAUUUCAGAAAUAUCAAACAUACAAGCCAUUGAGACAAAAUGUAUCACACAUUCCUUUAAAUUAGGGCUCAGUUGAUGUCAAAGAACAUAUAUUUUACAUUUUUAAUGUAAUGCCAAAAUAUGUUGUUAAAAGGUUUAAUGGCCAAAUUCAGAUAGAUAGUCUACCUCGUGGUAUGUCCUAGAUGAAAAACACACCAACAUGUCUGAUUCAAAAGACAGCCAUCAACAGCUUAUAAGGUUAGUGUUACAUGUUCUCUGAGUCUCGUUAAAAUGUCUAUGUCCUCUCAGUUGAUGUUAAUAAAACCCUAAAGACAAAGUGAAUGAGACAUUUCUCUAAAGGUUACUCAAUGGGUUUUUUUAAGGCUUUCUUUGUUUCCUAAAACACCCAAUUUCUUUGAAUUUAUUUUGAAUUAUCAAGUUUUGUUAAUUCUCAGAUCUCAAACCCAAGAAUAAACUUUUCCUGUAUCAUAGCAGCUCAUCAUCUAAAAUUGUGGAAAGUAUGUAUUGAUUUAGUUGAAACAAAAAACACAAGCAGUCCUAAAAUCUCAUACCAUAUACUCCCGUUGGGUUCAUAUCUUUUAAUUUUGGGGGAGAAAAGUGUCCCUUUUGCCAAAUAAUGAAGUUAGUUUCUGUGGGAUUGAAUGAUGUGUCAAUGACUCCUAAUUUAUGCUGUCAUAUAGACACAUUUAAGUGAUAAUCCCUUAAAGCGGGUGCCAACAUUGGCCUUCUGUUGUAGGUUUUGCGUAAAUGAUAAAGUCUAUUUUAUAGCCUCAACUACUCCUGGGUCAAAUCACGUGUGGAAACAAUUCACAGGGAUUGUUUUAAGAUGAUGUGGGCUCCAGAUAUGUAGAUGUUUUUAAAUGGGACACCGAUGAGUUAUUUGCAAAAGCUGUGUGUACCAGGUCUCCUCCCAAUAUAAAACAAAACACAAAAAGUCUACUCUGUUCUGUCGCUACUGCAUCAGCUUCUGUCUUUUGUUUUCAUAAUGCAAUGCACACAUUAUGAAAUGUAUAUACUGUAAAAUAAAAAUGGGUUUGUUUUACAUACUGUAUAAUUGCCUAUAUUUUGGUUCAGAAGUGUAACAGAUUUAUGAGAUGACAGGUUAACACAUUAAAAAGAAGGAACUCAA